AUGGCACAUCAAGAUGGCGACAAACAUAGUUCGGACGAAGAGUUGUACUCGUCUGAGCGAGAUAGCGAUGACAGUCCUAUACUCUCGCACAGAUACGACAAGCGUCGGUACGCGUCUUACGUGACAGAUGAGAGAACAGAAGAGAGGGAACGGCGCUCCACGGUGACGACGCUGGCCAAGUUCUUUCUCUUCUGCUUUGCGAUGAUAUUAUUCUGCGUGCUGCUGUACAUACCUGUAUAUAAUAGAGCUAACGAUCAGAUACCGAAAAGCCUAGUUGCCGGCUGGUCGUUACACACAAAUCGAGACACAAAAAUAUACGUUCAACCCAACAACGUCACAACAAUCCACGAGCCCACCAACAUAUGCCCAAAAGCAACUAGAAGCAAAAAGAAUCAUCUGUUCCUACUCAUUGUGGUCAGUUCGUCAACAGUCAACUUCGACAGGCGGGCUGCCAUCCGUGAUACUUGGGGUAGUCAGCAAAACUACGUGAAAUCAUUGAAAAUAUUGAACGCAGUGCGCGAGAAGUAUAAAAAAUAUAAUUACACGUAUGACUUGUAUGCAGAGAAGGAAUUUAAUAUAACCACAAAUGUUAGUCGAGAGAAACGCGACAUAUCCAGCUUUGGCAAUCUUUUCCCGGAAUUGACUAAAGCACUGAAUAGCAAUUUAAAAAAUAUAAAGACUGAUAGCAUACCUGAAGUUGAGAAACGUUUUGACGAUGAUGAACUGCCAGAAUUCGAUAUGAACAAGGAAUUUGGUGAAGCGACCAAUGAUGUAGCAUAUGAUUACGAUGGUGAUACGAAUAUAAUGAGGAUACCACCUAAUGGGUACGAUGAGGGGCCAGAUUUGGAGAAGAUAUUGAAAUUGUUAAAGCCAAAUUUCCCCAAAAUUGAGGAGGAUAACGUUGGCAACGCUGAAAUAGACUUUAAACUUGUUUUCCUAUUAGGGUUGCCAGGUCAUGACAAUGAUAGUACAGUGCAAAGUAAAAUCGAUGAAGAGGUAACAAAAUACGGUGAUAUUAUUCAAGAAGGGUUUAUAGAUUCAUACAAUAAUUUAACGUUGAAGUCUAUUAUGAUGUUGAAAUGGAUUACCAACAAAUGCGGCGAGAGUGUUCAUUACAUCUUGAAGACAGAUGACGACAUGUAUAUCAAUGUGCCGAGCCUGGUCCUCAACCUGAAGAACAGGUCCCGGGAGUACGACGAGAAGGUCGCCCGAGGGUACAAGGAGAAGGAGCACCUGCUGAUUGGUGAUCUGAUCUGCGGCGCCAGACCUGUCCUCGACUCUAAUAACAAAUGGUACAGUCCGCGGUACAUGUUCGGCGGACGCGUGUACCCUCGCUACCUAUCGGGCACGGGAUACGUGCUCUCGGCCGACGCAGCUCCCCCACUCUAUCAAGCGGCGCUCCGAACCACCUACUUUCACCUCGAGGACAUAUAUAUCACAGGCAUGUGCGCGCUACGAGCGAAGCCUCGCGUGGUCCCGCGCGACGACCCCGGCUUCACGUACCAGGCUGCUCAGCCCGCUCAGCCUGCUCAGCUCGCGCAGUCUGCUCAGUCGGCGCACGGCCGAGCGGCCUGCCUGGGCUGCGCGGCCUGCGCGCCGCAUCUCCGGUACACGGUGCACCGAGUGCCGCCGGGGGCGCUACGCAUGCUGCAGCAUCAGAUGACCUCCCUCAGCAUCGUCGACAGAUGCGAAAGAAUCCGUCUCACGCAGAUAAAAUAUGAACGGCUUCAGUCGGGUAUCAUAGUGAAGUAUCUACAAAUGUUGGUUAGCAACCGAUGUUGAAACAAAAGGGACGGCAGACCGACUGUUUUACUUCCGUCCCGCAAAUUGAUCUCUAAUAUUAUUUAUAUUCCAAUUCUUCAUAUAUUGUAUGUUAAUUUAUUUAUUAUUUUUCUGUCUUAGUUUUAAACGGCAGAGUACCUAGGAUAGUUCUAAAGGGUAUACUUAACUGAAAGCCUUUAGUAUUCACCCUUUCAACAAUGCGUACAUAAAAACAAGUAUAUUAAUAUCUUACAGUUAAUACUAAACUCAGGAACUCCUCAUUCCUUCAGCACCGUUCCACCAUCGUACAAGAAGACGUAGGGACCAAUUCCACCCAUAUACAGAUGACAUCCUUGCUGCUCAUCUUUCCUUAUGCGAGCAGCUAAGGAGAGGUACUCUCUUACAGGAUCUCACGUCAGUGUUUCCUGCCUUUUACAAUAUUGGGUCAUUCAAGUUAAUAAUUAAUAGGCACUAUUUGAGCUUGCGUGUAACAACUUGGACCGCAUCAUCAUUUAACAUCAGGUGAGAUUGAGGUCAAACGCGUAUUAUGUAAUAAAAAAAAUGUUUUUAUGUACGCAUUGUCAAAUAAUUUCGUUUGCGUUAUAAUUUUUAAAUCUACAUUACAUUAGAAAAUAGACUUUAAUGAUAUAUUACUGUUAGUCUAUUUUCUAAU